AUGGGUAGCUCCAACUCCAAGAACAAGCAGCACGCGUCCUCGACCGCUAGUGCUGACGGCGGCGCUGGAGCCAGAGGUGUCCGCGCGCAGAUCACUUCCAAGGAUAAGGCGAUCCUCGAUCUCAAGAAUGCCCGUGAUAGGCGCAAGAAGUACCAAGCACGCCUGGACAUCGAGGCCAACCAACUACAUGACAGCGCCAAAAGACUUCUGCAGGUCGGCAAGAGGGAUCGCGCAAAGCUGGCGUUGAAAUUGAAGAAGUACAAGGAGCAGCAGAUGCACCAGGCCGAUGAGCAUUUGAUUCAGGUGUUGGGUAUGCUGGACACAGUGGAGUGGGAGACUCAGCAGCUGCAAGUAUUUGAGGGACUAAAGGCCGGUAACUCCAUCCUAAACGCCAUCCACAAGGAGAUGACGGUUGAGUCUGUCGAGGAGCUGAUGCUGGAGACGGAAGAAGCGCAGGCUACAGCAAAUGAAAUCAGCAGGAUCAUUGGUGGCAGUUUGACCGUCGAGGACGAAGACGCCGUGCUCAGUGAGCUCGCUGAGAUCGAGAAACUUGAAGCGGACGCACUCGCAGUAACCAUGCCCGAGGCUCCCACCACUGCCCUUGACACAGCGGACAUUUCGAUGGACGUCACCGCCGCAACAUCAGCAGACGAAGGUACCAAAUCCAAGUCUCGCGCUGUUAAGAACAAGAAGGAGGCUGUGGCAAUUCUAGGAUGA